AUGUCCUCUGACGAACCAAAGAUUGAAAACGUGGAUGAAUCCGUCCCAACUCUCGAAGAUGUUCCUGCCACCACUGCUACUGGUGAGCAAAAGGAAUCCGCUGCUGCUGCCGCUGCCAGACACAGACAAUCCAAGGCUGAGAAGAAGAACAAGAAGGCUAUCCUCAAGGCUGGCUUGAAGGAAUAUCCUGGAUGUAAGCAAGUAACCAUCAGAAGUGCUCAAAGACUCACUUUGACCAUUGAUGAUCCAGAAGUCUUCAUCUCCGACAAUGGUAACGGUACUGCUACAUUUGUUGUCUUUGCCAGAAGAGAGGAGGAAAUGCCACCAAUGGAACCAGUCGAAGAAACCCCAGAAGAAUUGCCAGAAAAUGUUUCUGAAAGUGAUGUGCAAAUGGUCGUUGACCAAACCGGAUUGACAAGAAACCAAGCAAUCCGUAGAAUUAAAGAGAAAGGAGGAGACAUUAUUGAAGCUAUUACCAGCGUAACUAAGUAA